UAAUUAAAUGCUUAAAACGCAGCAACAUGACUUAAAAUUUUCAUUUGACUGUGCAAUUCAGGGUGCCCAAUUAUUCUUCUUGCUGAACAAUUUAGAGUUCUAUUCAGGCUUACCUUGAGAAAUGGACAAAGGUCUUUCUGAAGAAGACAGUGACAAAAUUGACUGGGAUACUGAAGAUGAAUUAGAAAUACAAGAAAUACAGGAUGCAACAUAUUCUUCAUGCAGGGAUAUAACUACUGGACAGCAUGCUGUUAUUGGUGAUGGGGAGGCAAGCUCAUCAUCAGGACCUUCCCUGUCCAAGUUCAUUCAGCAGUUUGUAGUGAUGGGAUUUCCUGAAGAGUCUAUUGCAAAAGCAAUAGAGCAAAAUGGAGAAAAUUCAGACUUGGUGCUGGAUGCUCUUUUGACAUUCAAGGUCAUUCAAGACUCUCCUGAAGAACAGCCCACUGCUAGCCCUCAGGUGGAGGCCAGCAUUAGUUCUGAUGAUAGCUAUUCUGAAUACACCGAGAACAUUCUGGAUGAUGUUUAUGAGGAAGAUAGUUGGUCCUCCGACUCAGACAACUGUAUAAAUCCUGCUAAGCAGUGCUACUUGAAAGACGAGAGCAGUUCUUUGUCUGAAAAAGAGCAGACAUUAUUAUCUCUGGCAAAUAUGGGAUACCCAGUGGAAGAGGUUUCCAUAGCAAUGGAGAGAUGUGGUAAAGAAGCAUCGCUUGCUGAAUUGACUGAUUUCAUUUGUGCUGCUCAAAUGGCAAGAGCAGAAGAUCCCUAUCUGCCAGAAGAUGUUAAGCCAAAACUGAAUCAUAUAUCAAAUGGUAAUGGUGGAUACAACAAGAGGAAGAUGUUCAAUCAGUUGUGCAAAAGCAAAAAGCAAAGGACUAUCUUUGAUGAAGAGCCCAUUAGUUUGCCCAACCCUAUGAUUGGAUUCGGGGUUCCUACAGUAUCAGUUCCAGGAACGGUCCGAAGAACUCUUCCAGAGCAAGCUAUCGGCCCCCCUUUUUUCUAUUAUGAAAACGUGGCUCUAGCUCCAAAGGGUGUGUGGGAUAGAAUUUCCAGAUUCUUGUAUGAUAUUGAGCCGGAGUUUGUCGAUUCGAAAUAUUUCUGCGCUGCUGCAAGAAAAAGAGGAUACAUUCAUAAUCUACCUGUUGAAAACAGAUUUCCUUUGCUUCCGCUUCCCCCACGUACCGUUAAUGAGGCACUUCCCCUAUCAAAAAAAUGGUGGCCAUCUUGGGAUACACGAACACACUUAAACUGUUUGCAAACAGCCAUCGGGAGUGCAAGAUUGACUGAUAGGAUCAGAAAAGCUGUGGAGGACUUUGAUGGUGAGCCACCUAUGAGGGUGCAAAAAUAUGUUCUUGAACAAUGUCGGAAGUGGAAUUUGGUGUGGGUUGGGAGAAACAAAGUUGCUCCUUUGGAGCCCGAUGAAGUUGAAAUGCUAUUGGGGUUUCCAAAGAAUCAUACCAGGGGAGGUGGUAUAAGUAGGACUGAUAGAUACAAAUCGCUUGGUAACUCAUUCCAGGUCGACACGGUGGCAUACCAUUUAUCGGUGUUGAAGGACUUGUAUCCAGAGGGUAUCAACGUCUUAUCACUCUUCUCAGGCAUUGGUGGUGCUGAAGUUGCUCUUUAUCGUCUCGGGAUUCCAUUAAAAAAUGUGGUUUCUGUGGAAAAAUCUGAAGUCAACAGGAAUAUUGUGAGAAGCUGGUGGGAGAAUACUAGUCAGAGAGGCAAUCUUAUAGAUUUCGAUGAUGUGCAACAGUUGAAUGGAGACCGUUUGGAGCAACUUAUUGAUUCGAUUGGAGGAUUUGACUUAGUGAUUGGUGGAAGCCCGUGCAACAACCUUGCAGGCAGUAACAGAGUGAGCAGGGAUGGGCUUGAAGGCAAAGAGUCGUCUCUAUUUUUUGAGUAUCCUCGGAUACUGGACUUAGUCAAGACCAUAAUGUCUAGACAUAGAUAGCAUGACAGAAAUUUGUUCUUGGUUCAGAUUUAAAUAUCCCAUUCCUUUUUCUUGACAUUGCUAAUAAAUUCAUUCUUUGUAAAA